CAGUAACCCACCCAGCCGCGAAACUACAACAUGGGUGUCGUGCCAAACGUUCUCGCCGGCUCGCUCGCCGCGUACAACCCCGAGGACGAGACGACGCAGAUCGGCACGCGCUUUCCCGACAAGUCCGUGCAGCUGUCGCAGUUCCUCACCGCGCCCAACGCGGACCAGCUCCUGCGCGACCUCGCAACGCUCGUCUCGCACCGCGGCGUCGUCUUCUUCACGGACCAAGACAUCACCCACGAGCAGCAGAAGGUGCUCGGCCAGCGCCUCGGCGAGCUCGCGGGCAAGCCGAAGACGAGCGGGCUGCAUGUGCAUCCGAUUUCUGAGAACACGCCGGAGCUGGGGAAGGACGUGAGCGUGAUUGACUCGAUGGGCGGGAUUGCACGUGCGGGCUUCGUAGAGGGAACACGUGCCAGUAGUGGAUGGCACUCAGAUAUCACUUUCGAACCGGUACCUUCAGACUACGCUAUCCUAAAGAUGCACACGCUACCGAAAGUCGGAGGCGAUACCCUGUGGGCCAGCGGCUACGAAGCAUACGACAGGCUCUCCCCGGCUUACAAGAAAUUCCUAGAGGGACUCACAGCCGUCCACGACGGCACGUUCUUCCUCGACUACGCUCGUGCACGCGGCAUACCCAUCCAAGACCCGCGCGGCGCUCCAGAAAACACGGGGAGCAACCUUACCGCUAUCCACCCUGUCAUUCGCACGCACCCCGUCACAGGGUUCAAAACGCUCUUCGUCAACAAAUCCUUCACGAAACGCAUCGUCGAGCUGACACCCGACGAGUCCGUGCACACGCUCGACUACCUCUUCCGCCACAUCUCCGAGAACCACGACCUCCAGGUGCGCUACCGCUGGCGGCAGAACGACGUCGCGAUCUGGGACAACCGGUGCACAUUCCACACCGCUACCCACGAUUACAAGGAGCACCGCCAGGGCAAUCGCAUCGUCAGCCUCGGCGAGCGCCCCUACUUCGAUCCCAACUCCAAAUCCCGCAGGGAGGCGCUCGGUCUCGAUAUCUAAUCUAAUCUUUGAUCACGAUCCUCCUCAUGAUCAAGGCGCAAAUGACAUGCACUUGCGCCAUCCACACUCUAAAUGACGACCUUACUGUAGACUAUUGCACCAUCUCGUAUUCAUCUUCAGAUCUUUCUGCCACACGGUGCAUGUUCCUUGGGCUGCGCAGAUGGACGCGCUUCUGUCUGAUCAUGUUCCGAGCGACGAACUAGUUGUGACCGGUGAUGGGUGAUAGAUGGUGGCCCAUCAAACAAAAUAAAUACCCUCCGCGAUGUAUGUAAGUUUGUAUGUACUCUAGAAUCUAGACGUUCUUCCACACUACUGGUAUCACAAU